AUGUCACUUGAACCCACGCUCCUAUCCAUGCCGGGAGUGGUGAAGGACCAAUUAUUCCAAUAUUUGAGUUAUAUCGACAUUGCUCGUCUCCACAAAACAUGCAAGGACUUACGGGACUACAUCAAUGUGAGCCGACCAGAUGCACGUUUCCAUAUUAUUGAUAUAUCGCAAUACAAUGGCAGCGUAUACCUGAAUCUCAUCACGAAAAACAAAAAAGAUUCGGUAGAGCUUGAGUAUAAGAAAUCUGAACAGGGAUGUUCGAUCUUGAGUAGUGUCGGUUUUCGAAAUGUCAACUUCCGGAACAUAAACGGAUUGGAAUUUAUGGCCGCGUUUUGUCGGGAUCUCGAAAUGGUUCUGAGGCAUCAAAAGUCGAUUUUAAAAGAAGUGGAGGUCUGCCAAUAUAGUGAAAAAAUAUACAUCUGCGAGACUAUUUGA